GUGACCUGAAAAAAGGGACCGUUGUCAUCUCUAACAUUUCACCAGAUACAUUUCUGUAACAUCUGUAAUGAAACGCGUUAGGAAUGACUUCACGCCUUUGAGUACGUGGUGUCUGUUGACCUCUCAAGGUGUAACAUUAAUGACAUGAAAAUGUAUUUCUAAUAUUAAACACAAAAUGCUUGUCCUCACACUCAGUGGAAAUUUGUGAACAAAAGUAGUAACAAUGGGAAUUUUACUAGCUCUUAGCUGGCAGCAGAAUGCAGAGCCUAUUAUUAACUAACCUUUACAAAGACUUUCCCCAAAUGACGCAACUGUGACCCAAUGUAAUCCGGAAUUGCUGGAUAGUGUGACUUCGGGAUUGUUUGCAGUCUUUUCUCGCUAAAACUUUCUUUUGGCUUCAGCGAAGAAUCACCUUGUGCGCUGUGUUGAAGCAGCAGAACUUUAUUUACAGAACUGAAACUUGGCGGUUGGGCACACUUGUAUAUAAACUGUACAGAAGCAAUGCAGAUGAGGAUGUCACUUGUAAUAUUGUUUCUCCUUCCUAGCGUAGUCAGUGCGAGGACGCGAAUGGUACCACCUGGCCAUGAAGUUGUGAAUUCCAGGAACGUGGGGGCACAGGAGAGCCAAACGUAUAGUAAAGUGCUCACUGUGGACGGAAAGGAAUGCAAAUUCCCGUUCCGUUAUGGCGGGACUGUUUACCAUAGAUGCAUUCAGAAGCAUUCUUCAAAGCCUUGGUGUUCCACUACACAUAACUUUGAUCGAGAUUACCGCUGGGGCUAUUGCGUGCCUGAGACCAACAGAACGAGCAGAUUGUUCCUGUUACCGGGUAGCGGUGUGACAGACUCCUGUGCAGAGUCCCCCUGUCAAAAUGGCGGCCUGUGUUCCAAUGUUCCCCACUCGCGCUCCUUUGAGUGUGCCUGUCCCGAAGGCUACACCGGGACGCUGUGUACAGAGUCAAAGUGCUAUGAAGAAGUGCACCACAGGUACUAUGACGUGGGGGAAUCCUGGGGUAGAAUACACAAUCGGAAUGUGGAACAGUGUACCUGUGCCAGCGGAGUCAUCGAGUGCGAGCGUGUCCGAUACACAGUCUGCAUCUCGGACCCGUGCCAGAACGAGGGAGCCUGCCGUCUGAUCGUGUCCACUGGGGAGGCCGUGUGCGGCUGCAGGCCCGGGUUCUCUGGCCGGCACUGCAGUUUAACCCCUGACGCGGAGUGCUACGAAAACGACGGCACGGGCUACCGCGGCACCGCCGGCGUCACCAGGUCCGGCGCCCGCUGCCUGCCCUGGAACUCGGACCUGCUGACCGACGAGCUGCACGUGGACAACGUGGAGGGCGCCGCCCUGCUGGGCCUCGGGGAGCACGCGUUCUGCAGGAACCCUGAUCAGGACGCGAUGCCGUGGUGCUACACACUGAGGGACACUGAAAUCUCCUGGGAGUACUGCCACAUUCCGAAAUGCAGGGCAUCUCUUACGAUGUCCCGUCGGGUCGAGGUCAUGGCCGAACCCCCCCUCUCUCCUGCCCCCACCCCCGCCCAGCGGCCCAAGCCCAGACGGACCCCCGUCUGCGGAAAGCGGCACAAGAAGAGGAUGCCGAGGGGGCGGAUCCUGGGCGGGCACUCUUCCCUCCCCGGUGCCCACCCGUGGGUGGCAGCGGUCUACAUCGGCAGCUCCUUCUGCGCCGGGACGCUUAUCGCCUCCUGCUGGCUGGUGUCUGCCGCGCACUGCUUCCUCGGCAGUCCCCACGUUUCCACCGUGCGCGUGGUGCUGGGGGCGCAUUUGUACAACGACACGGGGCCCAAUGCCAAAUCCUACGGUAUCGAGAAGUACGUCUUUCCAGAUCACUUUUCAGUGUUCAAUCCCACCCUCCACGACAUUGUCCUGGUGAAGCUGAAGAGGCAGAACGGCGGACGGUGCGCCAGGAGGAGCCAGUUUGUGCAGCCCAUCUGCCUGCCAGCAGGGGGCGUGACCUUUCCCGACUACCACUGCUGCCAGAUCAUGGGCUGGGGUUACAUGUAUGAGAAGGCCAACGUAUACGCACAUCACUUAAUGGAAGGCACCGUCCACAUAGUCCCGUUUGAGCAGUGCUCCCGGCCGGACGUGUACGGCUCAGAGGUCACGACCAACAUGCUGUGCGCUGGAAGCCAUCGCUGUGUGGACGCCUGUCAGGGUGACUCCGGUGGCCCUCUGGACUGCGUGAAGAACAACGUCCACUACCUGUACGGCAUCAUCAGCUGGGGCGACGGCUGUGGCAGGAACCGGAAGCCGGGAGUCUACACCAAGGUCUCCAACUACGUGGACUGGAUCCACCGCGUGAUGAAGCGCAAAUCCUAACGCCGUCCCCGGCAACGUGAAAACGUCAGACUGCGUAACGUGGAGAACAAAGAGCAAAUCCUAAUGCGAUACCAGCGCUGGAAAACAACUGAAUAUGUAACGCGGAGAACAGGCCGUUAGGUCCGUCGAAGUCUCGUCAUUUACCGACAAACUAGAGAGCAUCUAGCGCUGAAUCCAGUCUGGACUUGAAUACCUCUGCUUCUACGUCCAUGCCCUGGAAAUUGCAGAAGCAAAUUAGCAGCCAUUGGACUUGAAGAAUGUUCUGGAAAUGUGGACAGUACUUUCAAAUUUUCCUGGACGUAAAGGUAUAGAAGAAGGCUUUCCAGUAGUAUUUUUAAAAAUUAUGUUUUAUUAUUUUAUUUUAUAAUUAUACAUAUUUUGCAAAUGUAUAAUUGUUCAUUGAUAAAUAUUCAAUAUUCUCCAUGAAAAAUGUUUCUAUUAUGUGUUAUACACUGUAUCUAUUUCUGUGUACAUGUAAGGGACCAAUUCAACGAAAGAAUAGUUUGGCCUUAAUUUAAAAUAAUAACAGUAAAGACUGAACAUUUGACAAUGAAUUUCAAUCAAAAUUAAGGAAAAAAUAACUCUUCUUUUUGACUGAAUUUCUGAAUUUCCUGAAGAAUAUAUUUUUUCAUCUUUAGCAUUGUAUAUCUAUACUCAAUAUUUGCCACUGUUAUUCAUAAAAUUAGCACAAUGUGUAUGUAGGUAGUAGCAUAAUUUAUUAACUAACAGUACUUGAAAGGAGUUGCAUGUUUCACUGUAAUUUUUGUAUAUUAGGACUUUAUAAGGUAAAAGACUUCAGUACUUAAA